AUGUCUGCUCCUCUCAUAUGGCCGACGAAAAGAUUUUUCUAUCCCAUCGGAAACACUCCCGCCGUCUGUCUCACGCAGGACCUCCCGCCUGGGCAGUCGGCUGAUGUGCUUCUCCUUGGGUGUGGAGACGUGCGGAACGUUCUCUACACUGUGUACGCGGAUCUACCCUCUCCAGCGGGUCCCCGCAAGCUCGAUUUCACCUGUUGCGACUAUCAGCCGGCGCUACUAGCGCGCAAUAUUUUGCUUUAUGUUCUUGUCGUCGAGAACCAACCUAUCGACAAGAUCUGGAACAUCUAUUAUCAUUUCUUUGUUGACAAGGCGUCCUUGGCGGUCCUUGUCCGUUACUGUGACACCCUUCUUGCUUGCUCACAAACCGUCGAGGAAUGGCAUCAGAGCAAGUUUGGAUCUUGGCUUAGAGUCCUAGACCGCAAUACGCUGGCAGAGAUUCGGCAGUGUUGGCAGUCGUACGCGAGCCUUCAUCCGAUUGACCCAGGAAAGAAUGCAAGGCUCAGGAAGGAAUUCAAGGAGGUCUCGGCAAAGAACGGUAGCCGUUCAUGCGUGGGCGCUGCACGUUCGGCAGGGCCUCUGAUGGCUGCCGCACUCACAGUGAUGUCUGACCUUUUCGACCGGUUCUGGAAGUCGGGCACGACCUUCCUCAGCGAAAGAGAAAUUCGAACGUCCGCCAUGAUCAAUCCCACUUUCGUCUAUGCUCUUCAUGGCGAGAGGUUUGAACCUCAUUAUGGCACGUUCCCCCUCCAGUCCUUCCACCUUGCCGGGGCUUUUGUUCCCGAUGGGCGGAUUUCAGCGCCCAUCGGAUCGAAGGAGAGGGUUGUUCAAGUAGCGAGAGAGCAGUUCUCGGCGUGGUGCCACCGCUUUCGGGAGAUUGCGAACCUUGGAGGGUCCCCUUCGGUGGUUGUUCGAUUCUACGCCGGGGACGCUCUGGCUUUUUGCAAUGGCCUAUCGCACUGUGCAAGGACGCGGGAUGCUCACAGUCCGAUAUACUCUGGCCCCUGGAGGAGCCGUCCCAUUGUCCUCGAUCAGCUCAUCUGUACUGGAGCUCCCACAUCUUUUGACACGAUCGAUACCUCGAACUUGACUGACCACAUCGGAUUAUUGAAUAUUCUGCUCGCUGCCGAACCUCUCGUCAACGAGAGCAGUUCCGUUCUGUACACGGAGACACUGCUGCCGCUGGGAACAAACGCCGCGCGCUCGUUUAUCGACAGGAUCUGCGGAGACCCUCAGGUCAUGGGAGUCCUCAUUGGCCUGGUCCCUCGACCUUUGCUCACAGGAUUCCAGACCAAUUCUUAUAGUCACGAACUUAUGCUCCAAGAAUUAGUCAGUGACAUUGGACGAAGUCAGUUUCAUGAACGCGUCUCUUGGGUACGGCCUGCUGAUGGUGACAACGUGCGAGGUGACGAACCAUUACUUCUACGUGAUGCGUCCGACCCUGCCUCACUGGGCGAGCUCUUCUUCGAUAUCUACGACAAAAUACUAGAUUUCGAGCGAAUGGCGCAUCUGACGCGCAUUGCGAUGUCGUCGCAGAAUGCUCUUGCUGAGAUGCAGAGUAUGAGUGUAGUACACUAUACUCGCGGGACGGUUGCGCAGCUGCUGAAGCACAUCCGUAAGCGAGUUCGAUUUUCGGACAUCAAUUGGAAUCAAGCUGUCGAGUUCUUCACGACGAUGGCGAAGAAUGAUAGGCGCCGUAUGGUGGGGAUGAACUUUAUCCAGGAGCUGUACCUCCAGCUCCAUAUGCACGGCCUGUAUACCAUGGCAUUCCUUGGAUACGAUUGGAGGAAGGUCCCUGAAAUUCGACACCCGCCACCGCCGAAAAUCUUCCGCUCGUGGUCGCAUGUUCCGCCAGUGGUCUGCCUCGCAUUGAGCGUUCCUCGCUCAGCGUUGCACCCAUUGCUCGAUAGUACCCUGCAAGGCUCGCCGAUAUUACAAAUGCAGCUGACCACGCCAGAAGGUGAUUGCAAUACAUUUGCUGCCCUCCACGGUAUGCCCGGAAAGAUAGUACCUGCCACAGAAUACCCUGUGCUCCAGGACAGGGAGGCGUCAUUUCAGGACGCCACAUCAUUCGUUUUCUGCUGUUGGGUGCCUACAUGGCUGCUCACGCUUCCCCGUACGAGAGUCAAUCUCGUCAUCCAGUCUACGCCACAGGCGAUGAUGGCGCUUCUACCACGAUUGGGAAUGAUGCUAUCCUUGUACGCUGUGCCACUGACAGAUGCGGAUAGUGUACAAGUUCUACGUUCGCCUCCAGGCAUCCCAUCCGAUUUCGAACUUCGUGAUAAUAUCCGCCCUGGUUCAGUCUCCUUGAGUAAUGCUGUUACUGAUGUCUGUAUUUUGGGCAAGCAGAUUCGUUCGUUCAGCAGACGUCUCGAUAACAUGAGUCAAGACGCCAAGGCAGUUCUGUCACAACGCGCGGCCGUGUCUUGCGAGCAAGUUGGGCCGUGUACUAUCGAGGUAUCGAUUGGUCGGUUCAAGCAUACGGCUGCCUUCCCAUUCCCUGUCGUAGGAACGCGGUGCAAGCUAAGGAUAGCCCGAACUUCAGGUUACGUGGAGGUUACCGUCCCGCCGUCUGGUCCCUUCCCCCCCGGCGGGUAUCACCUAAAUCCCUUUCCUGUCCGCUCUGGACGGUCACCCGCACCAUGGGGCUUGCAUGCUAUCAACCUCGAUGUUAUGCCCACAAUCGAUGUCAGCGAUGCCAAGCGACACCUUCAGUGGCUGAACCCGCACGUCGCCCUCCAAAUGUCCGACCGCGAGCGCGCCCUGCGCGACAGCGAUUCGGGCGCGUCGGACGCGCUCAUGAACAUCAAGGACAGCAUACACGUGCUCUUUAUGCGUUUCACCGGUCUGCAGGGCGGCCAGGCCAUCCGCGUAUAUGGGCUCACAGAUCCCGACAGGCUCGGCAUGCACACCAUCGUUUUCGUGAAUAAGCUGCGCCUCGACCUCCCCGCGUUCACCGUUGUUCUGGACGCCGCGGUUAUACCACUCGAUCGAGAUCUCAUGCCGCGCCUCAAGACUGGCUUGCAGGCGCUCACCAACCGAGGUGGCCUCUGUAAUGUCGUUACGCGGGGAGUUGAGGCGGAGCUUUGGAGGAAGUAUCUUCCGGCUGCGGUCGAGCGCUGUAGGACGUGGGGCCACAAGGAGAGUUGCGAGUACAAGGAUACGCGCCCUGGGGAAACGAGCAUCCCGUUAUCGACGCAGGUCGAUCAGCCUUGCAUUUGUUCGUGCGGGCGCGGAGUUGAUCUCGAAUCAUUCAAAGCGAUGGAUGCAAUGCCCAGCUGGAGGUACCUCCGGCCGUAUGCGACCCGUGCUGCUAUCGGCCCGCUUUUCGCUGUAUCGUAUGUCGAGCCGGUAGCCUCGAGGCUCAGCGGACUCGUGAAGAAGAUGCAGGAGGGUCUCGUCGGCCCUGGUGCGACAGCGUCUCCGGUCUCUGAUACCAGGGAGAAAUGCAAGGCAUGCGGGGGAGCGGGUAAGCCGACGUUGUUGGUCUGUGGUCGCUGUAAGGCGACGAAGUACUGCUCUGCCGCGUGUCAGAGAGCAGACUGGAAGGAGCACAAGCAGGUGUGCCACGCGGGGUUGAAGUGA